UUAAAGAUCAAUUGAGUAGAUUGAUUGUACUGUAUUUACGAAAAUGUCUUCCGAUGUGAAAGAGUUUCUACGCCAAGCCGCGAUGCAAGUUGGUGCGGGCGGAUCUGCAGGCUUUGUGGAAGUUUGCAUAAUGCAUCCGUUGGAUUUGGUCAAAACUAGGCUUCAACUGCAAGCUAGUCCUGCAUCUGGUGCUACAAAAGCAACUACGUAUUAUAAUGGCGUAUUUGAUUGUAUCCGGAAAAUGGCUAAAUCGGAAGGAUUUUUUUCACUGUAUAAAGGCAUUCUACCUCCUGUGCUGGUCGAAACUCCGAAACGUGCGGUAAAGUUUUUGACCUUCGAGCAGUAUAAGCGUUUCUUCAUGUUCGGUUCUGACAAACCGACGCCCUUGACAUUCUCUUUAGCUGGACUAGGCGCGGGUGUUACUGAAGCUAUUCUUGUCAACCCAUUCGAAAUGGUUAAAGUGACCUUACAAGCAAAUAAAAACAAGAUGGGACAAGUACCCAGUACAUUAGCUGUUACCAAGCAGAUAAUCAACGAGUCAGGGUUUGGACUGAAUGGAUUGAACCGUGGUCUUACAGCUACCAUCGGGCGGAAUGGUGUUUUCAAUAUGAUUUAUUUUGGAUUCUAUCACAGCGUUAAAGGAAUAAUUCCCGAAUACAAGGAUCCUGUACAGGAAUUUCUGCGUAAAGUAGGCAUCGGGUUUGUCAGUGGAACGCUGGGAUCCAUCGUGAAUAUUCCUUUCGACGUAGCAAAGUCUCGAAUCCAGGGACCUCAACCCAUACCGGGACAGGUGAAGUACCGCACCACCUUCGGCUCGAUGGCGAUCGUAGCUCGAGAGGAAGGUUUUGCUGCGCUCUACAAAGGUCUCACUCCCAAAGUGAUGCGCCUAGGGCCGGGAGGUGCAAUUAUGCUCGUAGUUUAUGACUAUGUGUACGCUUUUCUGGACGAUUAUUUCAAGUAGUUGCGUAAUCUAUCAACCCAACGAAAGAAGAGAGAAUCGCAAAGGAAGACAUUCACACAACAUGCCAUUAGACAAAACCAUGCGACAGCGACGAUCGUCCGUUUUUCUUCGCUGUGCUUUUGAAGCGUUCGCUUUGUCUCAUAAUAACGUAUAAUCGCAUUUAUCUUCAAAUUCAGGUGCAUUUGCAACAUACGGGUUUUGAUACAAAACAUAUUAUUGGUCUUUAUAUCGUUUUUGGAAGUAACUUUCUAUCGUUAAAAUUUCGUACGAAUCAUCAAAAGAGUAUUAUUCUGGUAUCCAUGUGUGACAUGU